CGCGACUUGUUGACGCUUGAUUCCCAUUGAUGCCAAUGGUCGAUUUGCCGGGAUACGAAACGGAUGGCGAGUGUGGGAUUCGUGUUUACGGAAGAACGUGAGUGGUCGUGAAGAUGAAUUCUCAGCAGUAUCCUCGUCCAGGACUCCCCUCUGGUCUGGGACAAGGACAAACCACAGGCAGCAACACUGCAGGACUUCCAGGAAGUCAAAAGAGCACAGGACAUGAAGACUCAAAUCAUGCACCACGUGAGCUGAUGUCCAGUGGAGCCACAGUAUUCAGAGAUGACAAGCAGGAGACGGUAGUGGUGCGACCCUACCCCCAACCCCAAAUGCAGCCCCUAUCCCAUGGAGUAGCCCCGACUCUGCCCCCUCCUCUCCCUCAGCACCUUCCCAUUCAGCCAGGCACACCAGUCUCUGUGUCAGCAGCUCCAUCCCACCUCCCUCAGGGUCUCUCCCUCGCCUUUACUGAGGGUUCUCUAAAGUCUGCCCUGAAAGCACCCAUGCCAAGCCGUGUGAUCGCUCCAGCUCCUGUGUCAACACCAAGCCACCUCACUCUGCCCCCUAAGGUGCCUGGUCAUCUCACUGCUACCAUGGAGUCCACACAGGCCUCGGGAAUCCCUGUGGCCACCAUCAGUGGUCAGCAGGGUCAUACUGGUAACCUGCAUCACCUAAUGACCAAUGUGCAGAUCAUCCGCAGUGGAGCACCUGUUCAGCAGAUUGGAUCUUCUGCGGCUCCUCAGCAUCUUUUUCCCUCCCAUUUACCCAGAGGAGCGGCUGCUGCAGCUGUGAUGUCAAGCUCCAAAGGAGCCACAGGACUGAGACCAGCUGCCGGUCCCAGCUCUGCCACUGGCCAGCCUACUGUCCAACACAUCAUCCACCAACCAAUCCAGUCUCGGCCUAUAGUCACUACAUCUACAGCAGUUUUGCCUACUGUUGUGGCUCCAGUGACAGCCACCAGACCUCAGUCUCCGGUUAUCACCACAGUAGCUGGAGACAUGGUACAUGGUCGCUCGGCUGUGGCGAUCCACCCUCCACAAGCAACCUUGAGUAUCCAGCGCCCGCCACCCUCAAGGGACACGCCAACACGAAUCACCCUGCCCUCUCAUCCUGCUAUUGCUGCUCAGAAAACCCUUCCUCACUCGGUUUCACAGAAGCCCAUUUUCAGCACUGUGACACCCGUUGCUGCUGCAACAGUGGCUCCGAUUCAGGUCACCAACACUGCACCAUCACCCACUACAACAGGCUCCACCCCCCACACGCAAAUAUCCAGUAGUAACAUUGUCACUAUGACGGUGGCCUCUCACUCGUCUCAUGCCACAGCAGUGACCACAUCCACCAUCCCUGUGGCUAAAGUGGUUCCGCAGCCUAUCACACACACAUCACCACGUAUUCAGUCUGAAUACACAGAAAGAGGGAACCUCAUUCCAAUCUCUGGCCACCGCUCCUCUCCCAACCCCAUCACCAUGGAGAACCGCACUGACAACAGACAAUCUGUUCCAGUACAGUUUCAGUACUUCCUGCCCACCUACCAGUCUGCACCGUACCCGCUGACCCACACAUACACCCCCAUCACCAGCUCUGUGUCAUCUAUACGCCCUUAUCCAGUGACUGCUCAGGCGCCCAGUGCAGCCAUGCCCACCCAAGCUGGUGUAGGAGUCGCAUCUGCAGUUCAUCUGAACUCAAUGCAGCUGAUGACAGUUGACCGCAUCACUCAGAUCAACACUCAAAACAUCCAACCGGCUGCCAUGACAGCACAGGGCAUCCAACCUACACCCAUCCAAGCCCAGAGCCUGCAUACAUCUGCCCAGAUCACCACCUCGAGUAUCCAGCCUUCACCAGUUAACCAACAACAGCCUCCAACUGAGUCUAAAGCUUCAGUUGUACUGGCUGAUUGUUCCACACUUGUGGCUAAUUCUAUGAGCAAUGCAUUCAGCAACAGUCAGCCUGCCUCCACUCUGGCCCAGACGCACAAUCAGAAUGCCAACACAGGAACACCAUCACUUGUGACGUCUCCUAGACCCAGCAUUCUGCGCAAAAAACCUGCCAAUGAAGGUGCUGCUGUUAGGAAGAAUCUGAUCCCAACUCAGCUUGGUGACACUACAGCCCCCAGAAUCGAUGGACCCAUCAGGAGUGCGUCAGGAUCACCUCGUCCUGCAGGAGUGAAGCCCAAACCUGACAUCCACAUGAGCCUCGCCCCGUCAGUGGCUGCUGCAAUAGAGGCAUUUCCUAGCCAGGGAACUGAGCAGCAAGCACAACACGUGGGACCACCUCCCUCUCAGCUGGCCUCUCAACCUCUUCCAUCCCUCCUGGCAUCAGUGACCCCACCUUCCCAACCUGCACCUGCUCUUUCAGCCUUGCCUACAGCCAUGGCAGUCACUCCGCCAAUCCCCUCAAUGACCAAUGUAGUGGCUCAACCCAUUCAGCCAGCGGCUAGUAAUACUUCAGUAUGUGCCAUCAGCUCCAAUCUUCCAGAAUUGAAUAUUAAGCAGGAGCCGGAACCAGUGGAUAGUUCAAAACCAGGGCCACAGAUGUUGACAGUGCCUCCUACAGACCUCACGCUUGGAGCUUCACCCAGAAAGAAGCCCCGCAAACAACAGCACGUCAUCUCCACAGAGGAGAGCGAGAUGAUGGAGACCAACAGCACAGACGAGGAAAAGUUUCCUCCCAAACCCCUCAGCCAACGAGCUGAGAAACGCAAGUCCCCUCCUAAAGAAUACAUCGAUGAGGAGGGAGUUCGGUAUGUUCCCGCCCGAGUUCGCCCUCCGAUUACCCUGUUACGCCACUACCGGAACCCCUGGAAAGCAGCAUACCAUCACUUUCAGAGAUACAGUGACGUCCGUAUAAAGGAGGACAAGAAGGGGAGCAUGCAGGAUGUGGCCAAUCAGAAGGGAGUUGUGUGCAGAGCCCAGGGCUGGAAAAUUCACCUCUGUGCAGCUCAGCUGAUGCAGCUGUCCAAUCUGGAGCAUGACGUCUACAGUCGCCUGACGACUCUCCAGGAAGGCUUCGUCCCCAAGAAAAAGGCCGGAGCUGACGAUGAUCUUCAUCGUAUAAAUGAGCUCAUACAGGGCAACAUGCAGCGCUGCAAACUAGUGAUGGACCAGAUCACAGAAGCCCGAGACUCCAUGUUGAAGGUGUUGGACCAUAAAGAGCGCGUCUUGAAGCUGCUCAAUAAGAACAGCAGCACUAAGAAGCUCAACAAGCUGAAGCGCAAGGACCGAGCGUGAGACAAACUGACCUGUGCUGGACUGAGUUCAGCACGAACACAGAAAACCUCCUGCUCCAAGACUUCUCGCCUCUCUUUAUCUCUACCAGAGAUAAUUCACAUCCAGUCCUGAUCCGAUGGCAAGACGUCUCUAUCUGGCAAGCCCUUCCUUUCCCAGCACACACUGAAGAUAUAGGAAAUGACAGUGUUAAAUGAACAACAUACAUCUUUAACAGUAUUUUCACUGAAAUAUGAACGUCUAAAUGUUUCAUUUCAAUCAAGACACCUUAACUGGGUCACUAUUUUAGGGAGGUUUUUGGAUGUUGAUUCCAUUUUAAAGUUAUUUAAGCAUCCAUGGGUGAACUCUCAGUAAAAGCAAUGCUGUAUAAUCUUCACGUUCUAGAUUAUAUUCAACACUAUUUCAUUUGGGUGCCUUGAAUGGUGAUCUAGUAUUUUGACAGUCAUCUGUACUGUAUUCAACACCAAAUGACAGUAUUAGGUAAUGGCCGUUCUUCGUACUGGAAGAUUUCCAUUUUGAGUUGUAGCACUCAAAACGAUAAGAACUGAGAAGCCAUAAUGACACCAUCCUCAUUGUAGUAUACAAAGACUGAAGUAUUUUACCACAUGUGUAUUGUGGGAAACGUUAAAGGUGCUUUGGUGAAUGGAGUAUUGUGCCUUUCUGUGUGCCUCAUGUAACAUGGGUUUGGAUUGCUGGAAGCGGUUUCUCUGAGGUUUUUCGGAGUCUGAAUGUCAGAAUCAUUUUAUGUUCUUGCGUCACUGCCUGUCGAUGUGUGAGGAUUGUUUUUAUGUAUCAUCAGUCUUAGAAGCGCUGCUCCAGAUACUACUCUCUGGAUGGGCUCUUUGGUCAUUUAAGCAUUAACGGUGGUGAGAAUCAUGUUCAGAAUCGCAUCACGUCAGAAUUAGAGAAGUAUGAUUGUUGUGUAUCUAAGUUAAGCCUAAGUAUAUAAAAAUAAGCCCCCUUCCGUUUUGUUUACUUCCUCAAUGAACAAUAUUAUGUUUAUUUUUCCAGUUAAGUUGCUUGAAGAAGUGUCAUUUGUGGCAAAGACGAAGUGUUGUAUGCUGUUUCAUUUGGAAUGACAUUUCAUGUUGCACUCCGCUGCUGAAGUACAGUAAAGACACUUUGUACAUCUA